AUGGAUUUAUCAACUUGGGCACUUCCCCAGCUGUCGAAACUGCUGCCUUUGGAUGACGAGUCCCUGAAGCAAAUCAUCGCGUACACAGAAUCAUUGCCAAACAGGGAAGCUGCAGAUCAUCUGCAGAACCUACUGGGAGACAGUCCGCAGGCUCUGGAAUUCAUCACUUCCUUCAAUACCAGAAGAAAGCCAAAAGCUGGGGCGGCAUCCAGCCAAGCUCAGUCGUCAAACGAUCUCUCACAAGUGCCCAAGGCCAAGCCCCGCAAGAAGCAGCCGGCUCUAGGAAAGCUUCCGCCACAACGACAGCCUGACAACUAUGGCAAUGUGUCGGGAGCGUACGUCAAGAAGGACGAGGAAGACUAUAUGGCUGGAAGUUCAAGGUCCAAAGCCGCCAAGCCCCACGUAUUUGGCUUGACAGAAAAGCCAGAUGCUGUUCAGAAACCGACCAUUGUUCCUCUAUCAGGAACAGGGACCCCUACAUCCCGGGGUGUCUCGCCUUCUCCACCAGUAUCAAAGCUCCCGCCAUCGGCAGCAGGCCAGCUGAUCUCCGAAACGAAGUCAAGGAAUUCAUCACCGAAGCCCAAAGCUAAGGUUAGCGUAGCAGGCGGGACGCCCAUGCAUGGCGCAUCAACCGCACUCAACGACCUGGAAUCCGCAAUUAGGGCGCUAGAAAUACAAACGAACCCCUCAUUAGCCUCUCAGGACAACACCAAGCGGCAAUGUAACUGCAUGGCAACCAGACAUCCCCUCCUCGAAGCCGCACCAAAUUGCAUCAAUUGCGGAAAGAUAAUCUGCGUAAAGGAAGGCAUAGGACCAUGCACGUUCUGCAAUACGCCUUUACUCAGUUCCCAGGACAUACAAUCCAUGGUCCGUGUCCUACGUGAAGAGCGCGGAAAGGAGAAAAUGGUCGCAAACAACGCCUCCCAGAAACGCGCUGAUGUCUCAUUGGCGCCUCGGCCAUUCUCUACACCAAGAGCUACGACACCAGUGUCCUCAAAUCCAGCAUCAGACGUUGAAUCCGAGAAUGAGAAACUAGCCAAAGCAAAACAGCACAGAGACAAACUCCUCGCAUUCCAAGCCCAGAACGCGAAGAGAACACAAGUUCACGAUGAAGCUGCAGAUUUCGAGACGACGAGCGCAGGUCUCAGCAUGUGGGCUUCUCCACAGGAGCGUGCCAUGCAACUCAAGCGUCAACAAAAAGCCCUUCGAGAGCAAGAAUGGAACGCCCGACCAGAGUACGAGAAGCGUAACGUAGUGGCUAGUAUCGAUCUCUCAAAGGGCAAGUUAGUAAGACGCAUGGCCGCUGCGAAGCGCCCGACCACGCCUGAGAGCGAGGAUGAGCCAACUGAGCCAGCGAAGGGACCCACUACUUAUGACCAUGGUGCGAUUUCGAGUGGAAGUGGAGCUUUUAGCAAAAAUCCGCUAUUAGGUGGGUUGAUCAGGCCGACAAUCAAGGUCGAGGGGAGUAAAGGGAAAGAGAAGGACGCAGAGAGGAAGCAGACAUGGAGGAGAGUGCAGGAUGAUAAUGAUGAUAAUGAGCAGUGGAUACUUGAUGGAGGGGUGUAUGGUGCACGAGCGGAGAACGUGAGCUUGGAGAUGGAUGGCCUAAAAUGA